AUGAAGAACGCCGUCCGGCCCAAAAAUCGACUGACGUUUGUUUCGUGUCCACAGGGCGAGUUCAUCUCCAUGGGCGUGUACGCCGCUGGAAACGCCUACGGCAUCCCGGAGGACCUCAUCUACUCGUUCCCCGUCGAGAUCAAGAACAAGACCUGGAAAAUGGUCGACGGACUCCCCAUCAACGACUUCUCCCGCGCCAAGAUGGACGCCACGGCGGCCGAGCUGGUGGAGGAGCGAGACACCGCCCUGGACUUCCUGUCCCAGUGACGGUUGCCUCCUGAAGGCCGACGGCGGCUCGUAGACCCUCCGAAGGCUCGCCGCUCGCAGCUCUGAACAAGAAACCCUCCACUCUAUUAACCGUCCCAGCCGGCGUCUGUGUGUCACCUCUGUGUGUGUGUGUGUGUGUGUGUGUGUGUGCGUGUGUGCGUGUGUGUCGUGUCUCUGUAGGCCACUUCUUGAGGUUUUCAGAAAACCUGUUUAACGACCAUAACCUGGCCUCCUGCGUCCGUAAGACACCGAGCGAACGUGUCUGUAGAUGAAAACGCACACUAGCUGUUCAGAAACUGUAACGGAACAAAACGUCACCAAUAAAACAAGAAAACUGACGAACGA